CCUGUAUAUUAUUUUUUGAGGAAAAGCACAAAGGCUAUCACUAAAAUUGAAAAGAAAUUAAGAAUUUAAAAGAUGUAAGUAGGUUUAUCUAAAUUUUAAAUUAAAAGAGGUUUUAAAAAACGGGGUGCUAAAAUAUUUCCUUAAAAAAAAAAAAAAAAAACCGGGGUGCUAAAAUAUCGAUGUUAGAAAAACAGACAAGUAAUCCCUUCAUUAAAGGAGUGAAUGGCUAAAGAAACUGCCCCUACACUUUGUCACUUUCAUUUGUCAAAUAUUUUCAACAUUAUGUAAUUAUACAAUCUACGAUUCCUACUUUGUAACCCUUGAACUAGUCUGUAGUCUUGUAUGCUCAAAACUGUGAAAUGUCCCUACUAUCAGUUGUCACCCAUUUUUGAUGCCUCAUUUUGCAACCGAAUCCCCCAUUACAUUUUCUUGUGGACCCGCUAUAAUCUUGGUCAUGUAUGCAAAUAUGCAAUCAAUCAACCAUUCAACCUGUUAAAUCAUUGAAAUUUGAGCAGAUAAUUUUAAAUUCUGCAAGUUUUGAUUUUUUUCCAUAAUAACAAAAUUCUGGAAAAUCAAGAUUUUAAUGGAGAAUGAAAGCCAUGGUAGUAGUAGUAGUAAAAAUAAUAGAGAGGAAGUUGGAGAUGGUGAGAGAAUGCUUCAUCAAACUCCAACUUGGGCUGUUGCUGGAGUUUGUGCUUUUAUUAUUCUCAUUUCCUUCAUUCUGGAAAAGGGUCUUCACAGAAUUGGAACGUGGUUAACGAAAAAACAGAAGAGGGCACUUUAUGAGGCCUUGGACAAGGUUAAAGAGGAGUUGAUGGUCAUGGGAUUCAUUUCACUUCUCUUGACAUUUAGUCAAGGAUACAUUGCGAAAAUCUGUAUCCCUUCAAACUUUGCAGACCAUAUGUUACCAUGUGAACUCCAAAGCCGCGACUCAGGUGAAGAAAAUCGAAGGCGGCUGCUCUGGAACAAGCGCCGUGUUUUAGUAUCUGGUGGCGUCUCUCAUCAUUGUCGUAAGGAUCAAGUGCCACUUAUUACAGUUGAUGCUGCUCAUCAGCUACACAUUCUCAUAUUCUUUUUAGCUGUCUUUCAUGUGCUAUACAGUGCAGCAACAAUGAUGCUUGGAAGGCUGAAGAUAAGAGGCUGGAAAGUAUGGGAGUAUGAGACAUCAUCAAUUAACUAUGAGUUAAGGAACGAUCCUUCAAGAUUCAGGCUCACGCAUCAGACAACUUUUGUAAGAACACACAACAGCUUUUGGACAAGGAUCCCAUUCUUCUUUUAUGUGGGAUGUUUUUUUCGCCAAUUCUACAGAUCAGUUACUAGGGCUGAUUACAUGACAUUAAGAAAUGGAUUCAUAACCGCUCAUAUAGCUCCAGGAUGCCAAUUCAACUUCCAGAAGUAUAUCAAAAAGUCAUUGGAAGAUGAUUUUAUAGUGGUUGUUGGUGUCAGUCCAGUUUUAUGGGCAUCUUUUGUGAUUUUCUUGCUUCUAAAUGUCAAAGGAUGGCACACACUUUUCUGGGCUUCUAUACUGCCGCUGAUGGUUAUAUUAGCUGUUGGAACAAAGCUGCAAGCCAUUCUGACAAGGAUGGCUUUGGAAAUCACAGAGAGGCAUGCUGUGGUCCAAGGGAUUCCUCUUGUGCAAGGUUCAGAUGAAUACUUUUGGUUCUCGCGGCCUCAAUUCAUUCUUCAUCUCCUCCAUUUUGCUCUGUUUCAGAAUGCCUUCCAGAUAACAUACUUCUUGUGGAUACUGUAUGAAUUCGGAUUGAAGUCCUGUUUCCAUGAUAGACACAUCUUUGUGCUUAUUAAAAUAAUUAUCGGGAUUGGUGCUAUGGUUCUUUGCAGUUAUAGUACUCUUCCACUCUAUGCUCUUGUGACCCAGAUGGGAUCAAACUUGAAGAAGUCCAUCUUUGAUGAGCUAACAUCCAAAGCUCUUACGAAAUGGCACAUGGGAGUUAAGAGGAAGCAAGAGGAGACCACAGAGAAGUCUCCUUCUACCCAAACCCUGGGAGGAAGCUCCAAGAGCUUAAGGAAUUCCAAGAGGCGGCACUCAUCUGGCCCCACCCUACACCGAUUCAUGACAACAGGCCACUCAACGCAUUUGCCAUCCUAUGUUGAGCUUCAUGUGACGGAUAGUGAAGGUGAUGAGAUAAGUAAGGUUGAUGAUAAUCACGGGGAGAGUGAAAUGGCUUUAUUGUCUACUAGGAAGGAAAUUAAGCAGGGAGACGACCUGUUUGACAAGCCCAGCCCGAAUUGACAGUAGCGGUGAAGUUAGUUGAUUGCUACCCAUGUAAACAGCCUACACAGGUAUUAUAGACUAAUUUUUCCUUAAUUUUGAUAGUUUGGUUUUAUUAAGGCCAAAUACAAAUGUAAUGCUUAAGAGGUUUGUUUAUUAGUAAUUUAGUAGGGCACUUCAGUCUUUACUCUUCAGAAAGGUGAAAGGAAGAACAUGGAUUGUACUAGCGUUUCUUGUACAUCUUACAUACUAUUGUUUACAUAAUGAGGCAGUACAUAGUUGCAUUCCCUUGCAAUA